CGACAACUCUGCGUGGAGAUUGGAAUAUGAUAUAUCACUGUUAAAAUGUUCGCUGCGAUAGGCAAUCGAGCGGGUUUAACAUAUCUACGAUGUACCGCUUAAUAGCUAAUUGGGUUAGGACGAGCAAUAAUUAUAUUGAUAACAGGUUUUAAAACAGGUUUUUCGGCUUCGUAGAAAACGGUGAUCUUGUUUUACUUCCUCGUUGUGUGAUUAAGAGUUGAUUAUAUAACGGAAAGAUGGGUUGUCGCCAAUCAUCCGAAACUAAACCAACAAGACCUGUGGACCCUAAAUCAAUACCUUCCGAAUCACAGAACGCGCGUCAAGAUGCCAGUUUUAAUGAACUAUCAAACAGAGAUGAUGCCAGACAAAACACAUCAAAAACAGAUCCACCUCUUAAGGAUACGCAUCAUCCCUCAAGUCCACAACGACAACUAAGCACGAAGAACACUGGUAGAGACGCCCCUGCUAUGUCACACAAUACAAAGAUGGAAAAACAUGGUAGUCAGCUUCCAAAGCAACAAUAUGAGAUAUUCAAAAAUGAGCAAGAAGUUACCAAAUAUAGACAAAGAGAUGGCAAGUCGAAAAUAACGAUUCACGAAUUAGACAAAAGGGAACUGAUUGAAAUGUACAAUCGGGCACUCAUGGUAAUAGACGAACGUUCAGAUGAACUACAAACAAGCGAACAACAGAUACGACAGCUCCAAGCGGAGAUUAAGAAAAAUACAUCUUCAAAACAGGCUCUGGAACAAUUAACAACUAAACACGAACAAACAGUGGAUAGACUAAAUAGGGACGCUGCCAAACUACAACAGGAAAUCCAUGAGCUUAAACAAGCGAAUGAUGAUCUAAAAAAUCGUUUAAGCGCCGUGUUUGGAGCCAAGCUGCAUGACAACAACCCCGACAUUGCUGACCUCAGUGACCCGAACAGAUCUAUGAAACUGGCUGAACGGUUUUCUGAGCUGUAUGACAAUGAGUGGACCAACUGCUUUGAAGUUCUUACCAAACAAAAAAAUAUUGUUGAGAAAAAGGCCAUUGGGCAGAUGCUCCAAGCUUGUUUGACAAUAUACCAGGACUGCAGUACAAACGCUUCAAACGAUCUUAAGACAUUGACACAAGCACUAGACAGAUUUGAUGGCGAAACGGAUAUCCGUCUUUUGAAAAAUCUGAAAGAAAAAAGAAAGAGACGUUUUCAAGACGACAUUCAGAGACUACGACAGCCCAUUGAACAAAAGAUCAUUGCAGUAUUCAAAGAGAAAACUAAUGAAAAAAAUGUCGAAGAAUUUUGGUUAAAAUGUAUUGAACUAUGCUGGUUGAUGGUCAUACAAGAUCCCCCUGUUUCGAUGGACGCCAGGACAAGUCAGCUGGGUGAAAUAUUUGACGGAACUGUUUAUAGACAUUAUACAAAGUCCGGAAAGUAUGUUGAAUUUAUUGUGUGGCCAGCGUUGCGCCUGACAGAGACUGGUUCUCUUCUGUACAAAGGGGUAGCCCAAGGAACCGAUAAAUAUCAGCAAUAUUCUGAUAGUGUUUAUAAUGACGUGAACACUGAUGAGCAACCUAGUUCACCGACUUCACGGAAAUAUCAGAAUGAAAAUGAAAGCUGCACUGUAGAUGAAAUAAAACGGUCUGAUAACAUAUCUAAAACUGCCAUGGGAGAUAAAGUUUUAGAAAACACGAAAGGACAAAAUAGCGGUACCAUUCCAAAACACACAGACAAGAGAACAGACGAGGUCGUAUGUCGCACAGGGGAAAGUGAAAUGUCACAAAACCAAAAUAUGUUCAAUGCCGAACGAGCCGUUCCAACGCAAGGAACGCAAGAUUCAAAUGAACUGCAUAAAAAUCACAACUUUGACGCGGAUGUCAACCAGCCGGUUAAUGUAGAUCCACUUUAUAAAAACACACAACCAAACAAGCGACACUCUGAAGGUUUAUCUGAUGUACACAAUCAUAAUACGUCAAAACAAACUGAGACAACGGACGUUGAACAAUCCAAACAAGACGUGACGCAACCGAAGAAGAAACCUAUAACUACAAGUACUAGUUUGGCACAAACCGAUUAUGGUAAUUCAACACAACUAAAUGCAAGUGGAAGGACGAGCACUAUAGGUGAAAACAAUAAAAUGAGCGGGUCAAUACACAAGAAAGAAAAAGAAUUAAAACAGUCACUUAAAACAAAAAAUGCACCAAGUGCAUCUCAUAUUGGAAAGCAAACCAUGACUCAAACAGUUUCGGCCAACGUCCAACAAGAUAGAAAAGCGCAAUCAGUCAAAGAUACUUCUUUCAGUGCCAUUGUUGGUAAGCAUACAACUUCGAUACCGGUUUGGCCUUCACGCAUGAACAAUAUUCCCGUUGACAUUAAGCAAGUUAAAUAAGUUGCUUGUAAUUUUGGAUAUAUCUAAACUUUACUUUUUAUCAAUUAACACAUAAUUUAUUAUUUUGAGCCCACUACCAAAAUAGCAUGUGUCAUGUUAUUUGAAACGGACACUAUAUAAAUUACAGAAGAAAGACCAUUAAUAGUUAUAUAUAUUUUCUGGUUAAGGUAAUACGUUUACCCGCCCAUAACUAUGUUGCUUGUUUGAUUAUGUAAUUGUAUCAGGUUUAAGUGUUCAGUAAUGCUUGCCUUAUUUUAGAAGUUAGAUCAAUGUAGUCAGAACUGAUACUAACAUUUUAGGUAUUUGAUUUUCUAUUUUGGAUGUUUUGUUCAUCUUUCGAUUUCCUGUCAUGUAAACUGUUUGAUCAAAAUAGUUCGAAAUCGACGACUCGAUACUGUACAACGUUUUUUUCAAUAAGCUAGUGAAUUAAUUUAUUUAUGUCAAUCUUGGGCGGCAGCAGCGACAAUUCCCGAGUGUACCAGGAGUGUACAAUAAGUUUUGUAUGAAUGUGUUUUAUUCGUGAUUAGUAGUCAAUUUGGAAAAGUGUGGACAUUUUGAGAAAUUAAUAGGAGGAAUUUACAAAAUAACACUAGUGACUUAAUGUCCUCGCUAGUUUUGAAAGUUUAUAAUAUAUGUAGUGAUUAAAUUAUUACAGUAAAGGCAUGUAUUGCAUGUAAAGAAAAAGUAUACUGUAUGUAUGGUUAGUGAAUUCGCAUUGUUAAAAAUAAAUAAGAGAAUUGAAUGAAUUGUGUUCUAUACUUUUGGAUAUCAAGCUUACAGUUAACAGUAUAUUUCGUACAAUUUCGUAUACUUUCGUAUAAUUUUAUAUAAUUUCGUAUCAUUAUAUUUGUACAUUGACUUUGCACAGUUUACAACAAACCUGAACCAACAAAAACAACUUAAAUCUAAUUCAGAUCAAAUACAUUACACUUUAUGAUUCUAUGAAUAUUCUUCAAAGAAAAAUUCGUUGUGUUCACUGUAAAAAUACAAUCAUUCAUAGUCUCUUCAAAUGUAACCGCUUAAAAACUGCCUGCGAUAUACGAUGAUUUGUGAAGAUGAUUUAAGAAUUAAUUAUCAUACCCAAUCUAAAGUAGUUAUUACAUUUUACAUUAUAUGAUUAUUAAUGACACAUAUUGUGUUGAUGGUACAAAAUGCUUGUUGUAGUAUAUCCCAGAAAAUUCACGUGUUAGAAAGUGACGAGACAGUUUAUAAUUUUAUUAACACAAAAUAUAUUUUUAAACAAUCGAUCAAACAAUUGUACAUUUGUGAAUUCGAUCGGAAUGUAUUGAUUUAAUUGUGUGAACGUGGAAAGAAAUUCAUACUGUUCACAAAUGAUACAAGUAAUAAAACUUGUUGUUUCUGCAUAUAUCUAUAUAAUUUAUUUUAUAUCAUGUUGGUUUAUAUUGAAAAAAAAAAACAAUCACCAUUCGACACCGUUUAGCUGUCUCUGUUAUGUGGUGUGCAAAGAAAAAAAUUAAACAAAUGAAUACUAUAUAUGGUAAGGUUGUUACUGUGCACAUAUAGCAUACUUGUAAAGUAUUGUCUGUGUGUUAAGAUUAUGUAUUUAGAUGUGUAUUAAUAAAGUAUAUUGUUAUAA